GUCCAAUCAAACUUUGACUCUUCAUUAUUCUCAUCCGUCAGACAAUUUUCCUCCUAUUGACAAUAACAAAAGUCAAAUCGGACGUUUCGUCUCUCCAAGACCAACAACAAGACAACAGAAACCUCGAUCCUCUACAAGAAGACACUGAUGACACACAGCACGACCAAAACAAACGCACAAUAUGUCAAUCGUUUAAUAAAUGUCAAACACAGCCUACUAGUGCUUACGUCAAACGUCUAGUGAUCAAAGGAGGCUACAGUUUGAGGCCUACUAUUGGCUAUCGAUAUCCAAAGCCUAAAAUUCAAUUUAGACUUAAGGCACCUGCUAUAUUGAGGCCCACCAUUAAUCAAGGCUGGAAACAAAUUAGUACAGCUUCUAAGCCGGCCAUUGUUGAAGUACCAGCACCCAAUUUGAAUUUGAAGCCAGUAGAUCAUGUACAUCAUGGUCUUCAAACAGGGAAUCAUAUAGAUGUUCAGCCUUCAAUAGUACAUCCGCACAUUGAUCAUGGCGUUCAUCCUACUACAGUUUCUGUAGCUCCUUCAAUUUUAACUCCUCAAUCCUUUAUACCAUCUCCACCAGCUCCAGUUUUGUUCGAAGUAACCAAACCCAAUUUAGGAGUGUUACCGUUAGGUGCUAAAUUCAAUGUGCCUCCUCUAGUGCCUCAACCUUAUCAUUUACAACCUCAGCCUCAUUAUCAUCAUCUACAACCUCAGCCCCAUUAUCAUCUACAACCAGAACUAUCUGUAGAGUAUCACGGCACGAGAAAUUUCUUACCGUUUUUACAUCAUCAACAUGGUGUGGUGCCUCAUCAAGUUGUUCAACCUCAAUUCCAACAAGCAUUGCCUCACGAUCAUCAUAGUCACUUUUUACAGCCUCAUGAACAUCACACUCAAUUCGUACACCCUCAAUCGUUACCUCAUGAGCAUCAAGUUCAAUUCCUUCAACACCAACAUCAAUCUCUACCUCACGAACAUCAAGCUCAAUUCCUUCAACAACAAUAUCAAACUUUACCCCAUGAGCAUCAAGCUCAAUUCCUUCAACAACAAUAUCAAUCCCUACCUCAUGAGCAUCAAGCUCAAUUCCUUCAACAACAAUAUCAAACUUUACCUCACGAGCAUCAAGCUCAAUUCCUUCAACAACAGCAAUCUCUAACUCAUGAGCAUCAAGCUCAAUUCCUUCAACAACAUCAAUCUCAUGAACAUCAAGCUCAAUUCCUACAGUCUCAAUCGUUGCCUCAAGACUACCAGAGUCCGUACGCGCAGUCGCAUUACCCAGUGGACGUGCCUCAGUACCAAUUGCCUCUCGAAGGCGAAGAUGCUCAACAACUGAAUUCCAACGUGAUUCAGCCUGGCCAGACCGACGUGCAGAUUCCGUACCACUUGCCUCAGCACGGCAAUGGCGUCGCAGGCGGUUGGCAACCGGGAGAGAAAUAA